AUGCCUUCUCUUUUCUCUUGGUUACGGCGAAUUUAUUCGCUUGACACCCUCGACACUCGUUUUACCUCUACCGCCAGUACUCCGGGCAACGCGGCCGCCGACACGCGACCUGCUGCCGCUAAAGAUGCCCGCGCAAAUGCUAUUGCCCAGAAUGCCCCUGCACCGCUUUGGCGCACGCCGGAAUUCUUCGUCUAUUAUCUAUUCUUCAUCACGCUCGUUCCAUUGAUGUUCAAGACCGUGGUUGAUGCCUCAAAGGACACCCACCCUAUUUACCCUACCUAUUCCAAUUUGCUUGAGCCUGGUUGGAUUCCUGGUCGCCUAGUCGACAAUUCCGAUGCGCAAUACGCCAGCUUUCGUGAUAACGUUCCCUACCUCCUUUUGCUUCUGAUUGCCCACCCGCUGGUACGUCGAGCCUACAACUAUUUCGCAAGUGGCAAAAGCAAUGCAACAAAACCAUCGAACCAAUCCAUAGUUGCGGCGGGAAACGCACAGCUAGAACAGCGCAUGCGAUUUGACUUCGCCUUCGGACUCAUUUUCAUCACGGCCCUACAUGGAAUCUCCGCACUCAAGGUGCUCUUAAUAUUACUCAUAAAUUACCGCAUUGGCAAAUACCUCCCCCAGUCCUAUGUUCCUGCCGUCACAUGGACCUUCAACAUUGCUAUUCUCUUCGCCAAUGAGCUGUCUGGAGGAUAUCCGCUUGAGCGAAUUGCCCUUCUCCUGUCCCCAGGAUCCGGUCCAUCGGGAGAGAAUGUAUCCUCCCUUGUACAAUGGGCGCAAACUCUGGAUAACUUCGGCGGCAUCAUGCCUCGAUGGGAGGUUCUAUUCAAAGUCACCGUACUGCGGCUGAUCAGUUUCAACAUGGACUACUACUGGAGUGUGGACUACCUCUCAUCAAGUCCAAUCGAAGUAUGUACUCCUAUGGUGUCCGGCACCGGACUUCCAAUCUCUCGCCUGGACGUAGAACUGACCGAAUUCCACAAGAAGAAGCAGCUUGACCCCUCGACACUCUCCGAUAGAGACCGGGUCAAAAUCCCUGCUGAGCCAGCUGCAUUCGGCGUGCGGAACUAUAUUGCUUACGUGCUUUAUUCACCGCUAUACCUCGCUGGUCCUAUCUUGACCUUCAAUGAUUAUGUAUCACAGCAACGGUACACACCUCCCUCGCUGACACGCACACGCACCACCCUCUAUGGUAUCCGUUUCUUCUUCACGGUUCUAUGUAUGGAGCUUAUUCUCCACUACAUAUAUGCGGUAGCCAUUUCCAAGGCUUCGCCAGACUGGUCCAUCUUUACACCGGGACAACUUAGCAUGCUUGCAUUCUUCAAUCUGCACAUCAUUUGGUUGAAACUGCUCAUUCCUUGGCGAUUCUUCCGUCUUUGGUCUCUUCUUGAUGGCAUUGACCCGCCAGAGAACAUGGUACGCUGCAUGUCCAACAAUUACUCAGUCUCCGGAUUUUGGCGUGGCUGGCACCGGUCAUAUAACCGCUGGAUUGUCCGCUAUAUCUAUAUCCCACUCGGUGGUAGCGCCGGCGGUCCAAGGGGCCCAGCGGGCACAAAAGCAGCAUCGCCCCCUAAGUCUGGCUUUAUGAGCAAGUUCCUGCAGAUUCGCAACGUUCUUCUAGUCUUUACAUUCGUUGCAUUAUGGCAUGAUAUCAACCUCCGUCUACUUAUGUGGGGUUGGCUCAUCACCCUCUUCGUUCUUCCCGAGGUCAUUGGUGGGAUCCUCUUCCCAGCUCGUCGUUGGCGUGCGCGUCCUACCGCAUAUCGGAUUAUUACGGGCAUCGGGUCCGUGGGUAAUGUUCUUAUGUUGAUGAUUGCGAAUCUGGUUGGAUUUGCGCUCGGAUUAGAUGGUCUGAAGGAUUUGCUUGCAGGUCUGACAGGUUCAUACUCUGGUAUUGCAUAUAUGAUAUCGUGCUGUGCCGUGCUCUUUGUUGGCAUCCAAGUCAUGUUUGAGAUCCGCGAGGAUGAAUCCCGCAUGGGCAUCGACUUGAAGUGUUAA